AUGGAGACUGUCAACCCAGCACUAUUGACACGGCAAGCAUCUCAUGCACCUCCCAGUUCAAGCAGACCCUCAAAUCCAGCAAUUGCCAGUCAAUUCACCGGGUCAGUUCAGCAGACUACUUCUUCGUCCUCGCCAUACCCCAGUAGCGGACGGCAGGGCGCUUGGAUGGGAAGUGUCGGCUUUACAACUCGUUUCACAAGAGACACUAUGGGCUAUGGCCGAGCAAACCUGGAAACACCAGUUAUCGCCUACGAGCCUGAACCUCUUCAGCCUCUUUUCGGGGGUAUAGUUUCUUUAUCAACAUUACCGGAACCUGCAAGCCAGAGCACCCAGAUGCCGCCAUCAGAACAUAGAAUGGGGGGGGAUAUGGCAUGGCUCUUUGGGCGGCCCCAAUCAGGAUACGUUGAGAGACCAAAUAUUAUUGCUUGCAACGGCGGGCAAAGACUAGUGACGACGCAAAGGAUGUAUAUCAGCCGCGGCUUUAGAGAAGCUGGAAAGAGUCGUUGA